AUGGGCGAUCUGUUAGAUGAUGAUUUAGAAUUCCGCGGCGGUACUCUGCAGCUGUCUUCAGAAAAUGUACGUGGGGAAAGUCCUGGUAAUCGAAGAGAAAAACCAUCGGGCACUGCAAAUAAAAGCCCACAACCAAAUCCUUCAGUUUUGUCUGGCGCUGAUUCCUUGACUUCUUCUUCGUCUUCAUUUGCAGAUGCUAGAACAAAUGCUGCUCCAAAUGUGCAACAGGAAGCAGCAGAAGAGCCAGUACAGACUGUAUAUCCUAGAUAUGAUGUUCCAUUUAACAAAGAAAAUAUUAAGGACUUCUUCACAUUUCGUAAAGGUGUUGUCGAAAAUGCCAUACAAGAGUGUAUAACAGCACUAUUAUUUCCUGAAGAUGGAGAAUAUUUAGGAUCUUGGUUAUUGACUGAAAUAACUUUAUGGGAUAAUGAGAAAGAAAGAAUUGUACUUUUAACCUCAAGGCUGGUAAUGACUAUAAAGUAUGAUUUCAUUGCGAUGAAGCAAUUGGACUUUAAAAAGACAUAUUUGGAUGAUUUGGACACCAUUGUCAUCGGGGAGUUAGUGUACCCACCAUCUUCUCUUGUGCCACGUUUAAACGGUAUCGCAACUGGCGUUACCACUGUCGUCAAAGACUGUGUAAUAGACCGCCUGUGCAGAAGGCCCAGUACCCCAGAUGAAGCUAAACUGUUCGAUCCCAAGUAUUUUGAACCUAGAGAACGGAAUCUUCGAGGAGUUCGUAUGAUGUGGAAUAAAGGAGAGCCGCUGCCACUAAAAACUGUAUGGAACCCAUUCAGUCAAGACAUACCAUUUAUUACAUUCGCCUCUCAUCCUAUAUAUUGGCAUAAAGACGGAACAGUAGAAGAGCGGGCUACUUACGACAUGGAAAUAUUUGCUCAAAAACUUCAAAGGGCCAUAGAGACUAUGGCUUCAUCGUGUUGCAUACACCAUGCCCCUAUAGUCAUACAGAGCUAUGUGGGUCUCACAUCGCUAUUCCAUAACAAAACAAGCAUGGGGUUCUUCAAGGUCAGAGGGAAGUUCAGUUUU